AUGUCUGGAAGAGAGAGAGAAGGAUGGAGUGAUGGAGGAGGAGGAGACAACCAGGUGGAGGAUGAGUUUGCAUGUUCCGGGGUGCUACGCGGAGCCCUACAGUCCUUCCACGCCUCCCUGGAGAGGAUAUUUGGGGUGUCCUUUAUGAUCGGAAGAGAGGAGGAUGCUGUGUUGCCACAUGAUGGACAGAUCUGGCUUAAACUAAAAGGAGGAAGGAAGGAUGUUGUGGCUGCCAAAGUAAGAAAUUACUUAUCGUAUUAUUAUUAUUCUGAACUCUUAGCUUUAAUGUUAUGGUCAAUAUCAUGGUAACAGAAUUACGCUUUAAAAUGUAUGCUAAACAAAAACAUUUGAUUUUAAAGUUGAACAAACCAUACAACUGUAUGCACAAGGACUACUUCGAACAAUUUACACAGAUAUUUUCACAAAACACAUUUACUGGAAGAACUGUGCAGAUGCAAAGUUUGGUAACAGAAUUACGGUCAAAUCUCCCUCAGUUUUUUAUGCAACCACGUUUUCCAAAAUAUUUUUUGUUAUUGAACUACAGUAGGUGAAGUGGAUUUACAUCCGGUAACGGAAUUACGGUAAUGGAAUCACAUUAUGGGUCCCUGAUCUGUAUUAUACAGAAAUGCAUAAUUAUGGAUAUGAAUAUCAUUCCCUUCAUGGUGAUGAAUCCUGAAUAGGUAAACAAAGGUAGAAAUAUGCAAUAUCCUUCUUUUGCAUAUUAUUCUACACACUGGCUGUUAUUGUAAUGAGCUCCGCCCCCAAACAAGACCACAUCUGGUUGGUCCGGACCAGACCAAAUCUGAAACAAUCAUAGACGUCUAUGUUUCACAACUUUGGACAGCACAGAACAGCACAGUCGAGCACAGUAGAGUGUUGUACAAUACAGUAGAUCACAGCACAGUAGAGUGUAGUACAAUACAGUAGAUCACAGCACAGUAGAGUGUAGUACAAUACAGUAGAUCACAGCACAGUAGAGUUCAGAACAGUACAGUAAAGUUGAUAUGUUCAGUACAGUAUAUUAUACUGUACUCUACUUUAGUGUGCCCUACUGUACUGUACUGAACCCUACUGUACAGUACAGUACUGUACUUUUCUAUACUUUUCUUUACUCUACUGUACUGUUCUCUACUGUGAUCUACUGUACUGUACAGUGCUGUCCAAACUUGUGAAACAUAGUCGUCUAUGAUUGGUUCAGAUUUGGUCCAGUCAGUGUUGUAAAUACGUGCAAAUAGUUAAAGUACAAAAGUAAAUAAAUAUGGGUUGUAUUUACAAUGGUGUUUGUUCUUCACUGGUUGCCCUUUUCUUGUGGCAACAGGUCAGAAAUCUUGCUGCUGUGAUUGCAGACUGUGGUACAUCACCCAAUAGAUAUCAGAGUUUAUCAAAAUUGGAUUUGUGGGUCUGUGUAAUCUGAGGGAAAUAUGUGUCUCUAAUAUGGUCAUACAUUUGGCAGGAGGUUAGGAAGUGCAGCUCAGUUUCCACCUCAUUUUGUGGGCAGUGUGCACAUAGCCUGUUUUCUCUUGAGAGCCAGGUCUGCCUACAGCGGCCUUUCUCAAUAGCAAGGCUAUGCUCACUAGUCUGUACAUAGUCAAAGCUUUCCUUAAUUUUGGGUCAGUCACAGUGGUCAGGUAUUCUGCCACUGUGUACUCUCUGUUUAGGGCCAAAUAGCAUUCUAGUUUGCUUUGUUUUUUGUUAAUUCUUUCCAAUGUGUCAAGUAAUUAUCUUUUUGUUUUCUCAUGAUUUGGUUGGGUCUACUUGUGUUGCUUGUCCUGGGGCUCAGUGGGGUCUGUUUGUGUUUGUGAACAGAGCCCCGGGACCAGCUUACUUAGGGGACUCUUCUCCAGGUUAAUCUCUCUGUAGGUGAUGGCUUUGUUAUGGAAGGUUUGGGAAUCACUUCCUUUUACAUGGUUGUAGAAUUUAACAGUUAUUUUCUGGUUUUUGAUAAUUAGCGGGUAUCGGCCUAAUUCUGCUCUGCAUGCAAUUUGGUGUUUGUCCCAUUUUGUGAAUUCUUGGUUGGUGAGCGGACCCCAGACCUCACAACCAUGAAGGGCAAUGGGUUCUAUAAUGGAUUCAAGUAUUUUUAGCCAGAUCGUAAUUGGUAUGUCGAAUUUUGUGUUCCUUUUGAUGGCAUAGAAGGCCCUUCUUGCCUUGUCUCUCAGAUCAUUCACAGCUUUGUGGAAGUUACCUGUGGCACUGAUGUUUAGGCAGAGGUAUGUAUCGUUUUUUGUGUGCUCUAGGGCAAUGGUGUCUAGAUGGAAUUUGUAUUUGUGGUCGUGGCAACUGGACCUUUUUUGGAACACCAUUAUUUUUGUCUUACUGAGAUUUACUCUCAGGGCCCAGGUCUGACAUAAUCUGUGCAGAAGAUCUAGGUGCUGCUGUAGGCCCUCCUUGUUUGGGGACAGAAGCACCGGAUCAUCAGCAAACAGUAGACAUUUGACUUCAGAUUCUACUAGGGUGAGGCCAGGUGCUGCAGACCGUUCGAGUGCCCUCGCCAAUUCGUUGAUAUAUACAGUACCAGUCAAAAGUUUGGACACACCUACUCAUUCAAGGGUUUUUCUUUAUUUUUACUAUUUUCUACAGUGUAGAAUAAUAGUGAAGACAUCAAAACUAUGAAAUAACACAUAUGGAAUCAUGUAGUAACCAAUAAAGUAUAUAAUAUAAAUAUAAUAUAAUAUAAUAUAUAAUAAUAUAAUAUAUAUAAUAUAAUAUGCCAUUUAGCAGACGCUUUUAUCCAAAGCGACUUACAGUCAUGCGUGCAUACAUUUUUUUUUUUGUGUAUGUGUUAAACAAAUCAAAAUAUAUGUUAUAUUUGAGAUUCUUCAAAUAGCCACCCUUUGCCUUGAUGACAGCUUUGCACACUCUUGGCAUUCUCUCAACCAGCUUCACCUGGAAUGCUUUCCAACAGUCUUGAAGGAGUUCCCACAUAUGCUGAGCACUUGUUGGCAGCUUUUCCUUCACUCUGCCGUCCGACUCAUCCCAAACCAUCUCAGUUGGGUGGAGGUCGGGGGAUUGUGGAGGCCAGGUCAUCUAAUGCAGCACUCUAUCACUCUCCUUCUUGGUAAAAUAGCCCUUACACAGCCUGGAGGUGUGUUGGGUCAUUGUCCUGUUGAAAAACAAAUGAUAGUCCCACUAAGCCCAAACCAGAUGGGAUUGCGUAUCACUGCAGAAUGAUGUGGUAGCCAGGCUGGUUAAGUGUGCCUUGCAUUCUAAAUAAAUCACAGACAGUGUAACCAGCAAAGCAACCCCACACCAUCACAUCUCCUCCUCCAUGCUUUACGGUGGGAAAUACACAUGCAGAGAUCAUCCAUUCACCCACACUGCGUCUCACAAAGACAUGGCGGUUGGAACCAAAAAUCUCCAAUUUGGACUCCAGAACAAAUGACAUAUUUGUUUCUUUGCAGCAAUUCGACCAUGAAGGCCUGAUUCACACAAUCCCCUCUAAACAGUUUAUGUUGAGAUGUGUCUGUGACUUGAACUCUGUGAAGCAUUUUUUUUGGCUGCAAUUUCUGAGGCUGGUAACUCUAAUGAACUUAUCCUCUGCAGCAGAGGUAACUCUGGGUCUUCCAUUCCUGUUUCGGUCCUCAUGAGAGCCAGUUUCAUCAUAGCGCUUGAUGGUUUUUGCGACUGCACUUGAGGAAACUUUAAAAGUUCUUGAAAUGUUCUGUAUUGACUGACCUUCAUGUCUUAAAGUAAUGAUGGACUGUCGUUUCUCUUUGCUUAUUUGAGCUGUUCUUGCCAUAAUAUGGACAUGGUCUUUUACCAUAUAGGGCUAUCUUCUGUAUACCCCAACUACCUUGUCACAACACAACUGAUUGGCUCAAACGCAUUAAGAAGGAAAGAAAUUCCACAAAUUAACUUUUAAGAAGGCACACAUGUUAAUUGAAAUGCAUUCCAGGUGACUAUCUCAUGAAGCUGGUUGAGAUAAUGCCAAGAGUGUGGAAAGCUGUCAUCAAAAUAUAUUUUGAUUUGUUUAACACUUUUUUGGUUACUACAUGAUUCCAUAUGUGUUAUUUCGUAGUUCUGAUGUCUUCACUAAUAUUCUACAAUGUAAAAAAAAAUUAAAAUAAAGAAAAACCCUUGAAUGAGUAGGUAGUGGUAGUGUCUGUUGAAGAGGGUGGGGCUUAAGCUGCAUACCUGUCUCACCCCACGACCCUGGGGAAAAAUAUGUGUGUUUUUUUUGCCAAUUUUAACUGCUGUUUGUGUACAUGGAUUUUAUAAUGUCGUAUGUUUUUCCCCCAGUUGUUUGUCAAUUAGGGUGUGCAGGGUGAAUACAUGGUCUGUCAGAGGAUAAUUUGGUAAUUUCUCCGUACAUUGUUUUCACUGAGGAAAUGAACGAGUCUGCUAUUAAUGAUAGUGCAGCAGAUUUUCCCAAGGUUGCUGUUGGCGCAUAUCCCACGGUAGUUAUUGGGGUCAAAUUUGUCUCCACUUUUGUGGAUUGGGGUGAUCAGUCCUUGGUUCCAAAUAUUGGGGAAGAUGCCAGAGCUGAGAUUGAUUUGAAAGAGUUUAAGUAUAGCCAGUUGGAAUUUGUGGUCUGUAUAUUUUAUCAUUUAUUUUAGGAUACCAUCAACACCACAGGCCUUUUUGGGUUGGAUGGUUUGUAUUUUGUCCUGUAGUUCAUUCAAUGUAAUUAGAGAAUCCAGUGGAUUCUGGUACUUUAAUAGUUGAUUCUAAGAUUUGUUUUUGAUCAUGUAUAUGGUUUUUGCUGUUUGUUCUUUGUUAGAGGGACAAAAAGAUUGGAGAAGUGGUUCAUCCAUACAUCUCUGUUUUGGAUAGAUAACUCUUCAUGUUGUUGUUUGUUUUGUGUGUUCCAAUUUUCCCAGAAGUGGUUAGAUUCACUACUUUCCUUCCAUCUAUAGCAUUUCUUAAUAAACUCAGCAAAAAAAGAAACAUCCCUUUUUCAGGACCCUGUCUUUCAAAGAUAAUUCGUAAAAAUCCAAAUAACUUCACAGAUCUUCAUUGUAAAGGGUUUAAACACUGUUUCCCAUGCUUGUUCAAUGAACCAUAAACAAUUAAUGAACAUGCACCUGUGGAACGGUCGUUAAGACACUAACAGCUUACAGACGGUAGGCAAUUAACGUCACAGUUAUGAAAACUUAGGACACUAAAGAGGCCUUUCUACUGACUCUGAAAAACAUCAAAAGAAAGAUGCCCAGGGUCCCUGCUCAUCUGCGUGAACGUGCCUUAGGCAUGCUGCAAGGAGGCAUAAGGACUGCAGAUGUGGCCAGGGCAAUAAGUUGCAAUGUCCGUACUGUGAGACGCCUAAGACAGCGCUACAGGGAGACAGGACGGACAGCUGAUCGUCCUCGCAGUGGCAGACCACAUGUAACAACACCUGCACAGAAUCGGUACAUCCAAACAUCACACCUGCGGGACAGGUACAGGAUGGCAACAACAACUGCCCAAGGUACAUAUACUGACUGUUACUUUUGAUUUUGACCCCCCCUUUGUUCAGGGACACAUUAUUCCAUUUAUGUUAGUCACAUGUCUGUGGAACUUGUUCAGUUUAUGUCUCAGUUGUUGAAUCUUGUUAUGUUCAUACAAAUAUUUACACAUGUUAAGUUUGCUGAAAAUAAACGCAGUUGACAGUGAGAGGACGUUUCUUUUUUUGCUGAGUUUAUUAUUCAGUUCCUUUGGCUUUGAUGCCUCAUGAUUGAGUAUUGCUCUGUUCAAGUAGACUGUGAUUUUGCUGUGAUCUGAUAGGGGUGUCAGUGGGCUGACUGUGAAUGCUCUGAGAGACUCUGGGUUGAGGUCAGUGAUAAAGUAGUCUACAGUACUACUGCCAAGAGAUGAGCUAUAGGUGUACCUACCGUAGGAGUCCCCUUGAGCCUACCAUUGACUACGUACAUACCAAGUUUGCGACAGAGCUGCAGGAGUUGUGACCCGUUUUUGUUGGUUAUGUUGUCGUAGUUGUGCCUAGGGGGGCAUAUGGGGGAGGUGUUUGUCCCACUAUGUGCUGAGGGUGUCAGGUUCUUGUCCAGUUCUGGCAUUUAGGUCGCCACAGACUAAAUCAAAUCAAAUUUUAUUGGUCACAUGCGCCGAAUACAACAGGUGCAGACAUUACAGUGAAAUGCUUACUUACAGCCCUUAACCAACAGUGCAUUUAUUUUAAACAAAAAAGUAAGAAUAAAACAUCAACAAAAAAGUGUUGAGAAAAAAAGAGCAGAAGUAAAAUAAAGUGACAGUAGGGAGGCUAUAUAUACAGUAAAAUAAAGUGACAGUAGGGAGGCUAUAUAUACAGGGGGGUACCGUUGCAUAGUCAAUGUGCUGGGGCACCGGCUAGUUGAGGUAGUUGAGGUAAUAUGUACAUGUGGGUAGAGUUAAAGUGACUAUGCAUAAAUACUUAACAGAGUAGCAGCAGCGUAAAAAGGAUGGGGUGGGGGGGGCAGUGCAAAUAGUCCGGGUAGCCAUGAUUAGCUGUUCAGGAGUCUUAUGGCUUGGGGGUAGAAGCUGUUGAGAAGUCUUUUGGACCUAGACUUGGCACUCCGGUACCGCUUGCCGUGCGGUAGCAGAGAGAACAGUCUAUGACUAGGGUGGCUGGAGUCUUUGACAAUUUUGAGGGCCUUCCUCUGACACCGCCUGGUAUAGAGGUCCUGGAUGGCAGGGAGCUUUGCCCCAGUGAUGUACUGGGCCGUACGCACUACCCUCUGUAGUGCCUUGCGGUCAGAGGCCAAGCAGUUGCCAUACCAGGCGGUGAUGCAACCAGUCAGGAUGCUCUCGAUGGUGCAGCUGUAGAAUUUUUUGAGGAUCUGAGGACCCAUGCCAAAUCUUUUUAGUCUCCUGAGGGGGAAUAGGCUUUGUCGUGCCCUCUUCACGACUGUCUUGGUGUGUUUGGACCAUGAUAGUUCGUUGGUGAUGUGGACACCAAGGAACUUGAAGCUCUCAACCUGUUCCACUACAGCCCCGUCGAUGAGAAUGGGGGCGUGCUCAGUCCUCUUUUUUUUCCUGUAGUCCACAAUCAUCUCCUUUGUCUUGGUCACGUUGAGGGAGAGGUUGUUGUCCUGGCACCACACGGCCAGAUCUCUGACCUCCUCCCUAUAGGCUGUCUCAUCGUUGUCGGUGAUCAGGCCUACCACUGUUGUGUCGUCGGCAAACUUAAUGAUGGUGUUGGAGUCGUGCCUGGCCAUGCAGUCAUGGGUGAACAGAGAGUACAGGAGGGGACUGAGCACGCACCCCUGAGGGGCCCCCGUGUUGAGGAUCAGUGUGGCAGAUGUGUUGUUACCUACCCUUACCACCUGGGGGCGGCCCGUCAGGAAGUCCAGGAUCCAGUUGCAGAGGGAGGUGUUUAGUCCCAGGAUCCUUAGCUUAGUGAUGAGCUUAGAGGGCACUAUGGUGUUGAAUGCUGAGCUGUAGUCAAUGAAUAGCAUUCUCACGUAGGUGUUCCUCUUGUCCAGGUGGGAAAGGGCAGUGUGGAGUGCGAUAGAGAUUGCAUCAUCUGUGGAUCUGUUGGGGCGGUAUGCAAAUUGGAGUGGGUCUAGGGUUUCUGGGAUUAUGCUGUUGAUGUGAGCCAUGACCAGUCUUUCAAAGCACUUCAUGGCUACAGACGUCAGUGCUACGGGUCGGUAGUCAUUUAGGCAGGUUAUCUUAAAGUUCUUGGGCACGGGGACUAUGGUGGUCUGCUUGAAACAUGUUGGUAUUACAGACUCAGUCAGGGACAUGUUGAAAAUGUCAGUGAAGACACUUGCCAGUUGGUCAGCACAUGCUCGGAGUACACGUCCUGGUAAUCCGUCUGGCCCUGCGGCCUUGUGAAUGUUGACCUGCUUAAAAGUCUUACUCACAUCGGCUACGGAGAGCGUGAUCACAUAGUCGUCCGGAACAGCUGGUGCUCUCAUGCAUGCUUCAGUGUUACUUGCCUCGAAGCGAGCAUAGAAGUGGUUUAGCUCGUCUGGUAGGCUUGUGUCACUGGGCAGCUCGCGGCUGUGCUUCCCUUUGUAGUCUGUAAUAGUUUUCAAGCCCUGCCACAUCCGACGAGCGUCAGAACCAGUGUAGUAUGAUUCAAUCUUAGACCUGUAUUGACUCUUUGCCUGUUUGAUGGUUCGUCGGAGGUCAUAGCGGGAUUUCUUAUAAGCGUCCGGGUUAGAGUCCCGUUCCUUGAAAGCGGCAGCUCUACCCUUUAGCUCAGUGCGGAUGUUUCCUGUAAUCCAUGGCUUCUGGUUGGGGUAUGUACGUACGGUCACUGUGGGGACGACAUCAUCGAUGCACUUAUUGAUGAAGCCAGUGACUGAUGUGGUGUACUCCUCAAUGCUGUCUGAAGAAUCCCGGAACAUGUUCCAGUCUGUGCUAGCAAAACAGUCCUGUAGCUUAGCAUCUGCGUCAUCUGACCACUUUUUUAUUAGCCGAAUCACUGGUGCUUCCUGCUUCAGUUUUUGCUUAUAAGCAGGAAUCAGGAGGAUAGAGUUAUGGUCAGAUUUGCCAAAUGGAGGGCGAGGGAGAGCUUUGUAUGCGUCUCUGUGUGUGGAGUAAAGGUGGUCUAGAGUUUUUCCCCCUCUGGUUGCACAUUUAACAUGCUGGUAGAAAUGAGGUAGAACGGAUUUAAGUUUCCCUGCAUUAAAGUCCCCGGCUACUAGGAGCGCUGCAUCUGGAUGAGCGUUUUCCUGUUGAUUAAUGGCCUUGUACAACUCAUUCAGUGCAAUCUUAAUGCCAGCAUUGGUUUGUGGUGGUAAAUAGACAGCUAUGAAAAAUAUAGAUGAAAACUCUCUUGGUAAAUAGUGUGGUCUACAGCUUAUCAUAAGAUACUCUACCUCAGGCGAGCAAAACCUCGAGACUUCCUUAGUAUUUGAUUUUGUGCACCAGCUGUUGUUUACAAAUAUACACAGACCGCCGCCCCUUGUCUUACCGGAGGCAGCCGUUCUAUCCUGCCGAUGUAGCGUAUAGCCUGCUAGCUGAAUGUUGUCAUUGUUGUCGUUCAGCCACGACUCCGUGAAACAUAAGAUAUUACAGUUUUUAAUGUCCCGUUGGUAGGAUAACCGUAAUCUUAAAUCGUCCAUUUUAUUCUCAAAAGCUUGAACGUUGGCUAAUAGGAUUGAUGGGAGAGGCAGUUUACUCGUUCGCCGUCGGAUCCUUACAAGGCACCCGGAUCUGCGUCCACGAUAUCUCCGUCUCUUCCUCACGCGAAUGACGGGGAUCUGGGCCUUGUUGGGUGUCUGUAGAAUAUCCUUCGCGAACGCCUCGUUGAAGAAAAAGUCUUCGUCCAACGCGAGGUGAGUAAUCGCUGUCCUGAUAUCCAGAAGCUCUCUUUGGUUAUAAGAGACGAUGGCAGAAACAUUAUGUACAAAAUAAAUUACAAAUAACGCGGAAAAACACACAUAAUAGUACAAUUGGUUAGAGGGCUGUAAAACGGCAGCCAUCUUCUUCCGGCGCUGUUCUAUCGGCUAGUACAUGUCCCUGAGCCAGGAAAUGAUUGAUUUCCCCCUCUAGGAUGGAGAAGCUGUCUUCAUUAAAUUAUGGGGAUUCUAGAGGGGGGAAUUGUAAAGUGUUUAAACACUGUUUCCCAUGCUUGUUCAAUGAACCAUAAACAAUUAAUGAACAUGCCUUGCAAAAGUAUUCAUCCCCCUUAGCGUUUUUCCUAUUUUGUUGCAUUACAACCUGUAAUUUAAAUGGAUUUCUAUUUGGAUUUCAUGUAAUGGACAUACACAAAAUAGUCCAUAUUGGUGAAGUGAAAUGAAAAAAAUAACUUGUUUCAAAAAAUUCUAAAAGAUCAAUAAUGGAAAAGUGGUGCGUGCAUAUGUAUUCACCCCCUUUGCUAUGAAGCCCCUAAAUAAGAUCUGGUGCAACUAAUUACUUUCAGAAGUCACAUAAUUCGUAAUAUUGCACACAGGUGGACAUUAUUUAAGUGUCACAUGAUAUGUCACAUGAUCUCAGUAUAUAUACACCUAUUCUGAAAGGCCCCAGAGUCUGCAACACCACUAAGCAAGGGGCACCACCAAGCAAGCGGCACCAUGAAGACCAACGAGCUCUCCAAACAGGUCAGGGACAAAGUUGUGGAGAAGUACAAAUCAGGGUAGGCUUCUAAAAAAAAGAUCAGAAACUUUGAACGGAGCAUCAUUAAAUCCAUUAUUAAAAAAUGGAAAGAAUAUGGCACCACAACAAACCUGCCAAGAGAGGGCCGCCCACCAAAACUAAUGGACCAGGCAAGGAGGGCAUUAAUCAGAGAGGCAACAAAGAGACCAAAGAUAACCCUGAAGGAGCUGCAAAGUUCCACAGCGGAGAUUGGAGUAUCUGCCCAUAGGACCACUUUAAGCCGUACACUCCACAGAGCUGGGCUUUACGGAAGAGUGGCCAGAAAAAAGCCAUUGCUUAAAGAAAGAAAUAAGCAAACACGUUUGGUGUUCGCCAAAAUGCAUGUGGGAGACUCCCAACCAUAUGGAAGAAGGUACUCUGGUCAGAUGAGACUGAAAUUUAGCUUUUUGGCCAUCAAGGAAAACGCUAUGUCUGGCGCAAACCCAACACCUCUCAUCACCCCAUGUUUUUCAUCGGCAGGGACUGGGAAACUUGUCAGAAUUUAAGGAAUGAUGAAUGGCGCUAAAUACAGGGAAAUUCUUGAGGCAAACCUGUUUCAGUCUUCCAGAGAUUUGAGACUGGGACGGAGGUUCACCUUCCAGUAGGACAAUGACCCUAAGCAUACUGCUAAAGCAACACUCAAGUGGUUUUAGGGGAAACAUUGAAAUGUCUUGGAAUGGCCUAGUCAAAGCCCAGACCUCAAUCCAAUUGAGAAUCUGUGGUAUGACUUAAAGAUUGCUGUACACCAGCGGAACCCAUCCAACUUGAAGGAGCUGGAGCAGUUUUGCCUUGAAGAAUGGGCAAAAAUCCCAGUGGCUAGAUGUGCCAAGCUUAUAGAGAUAUACCCCAAGAGACUUGCAGCUGUAAUUGCUGCAAAAUGUGGCUCUACAAAGUAUUGACUUUGGGGGGGUGAAUAGUUAUGCACACUAAAGUUUCUGUUUUUCUGUCUUAUUUCUUGUUUGUUUCACCCAAAAAAUAUUUUGCAUCUUCAAAGUGGUAGGCAUGUUGUGUAAAUCAAAUGAUACAAACCCCCAAAAAAAUCAAUUUUAAUUACAGGUUGUUAGGCAACAAAAUAGGAUAAAUGACAAGGGGGGUGAAUACUUUCGCAAGCCACUGUAGGUAGCACACAGGAGGACAUUUUUCUAUAUUGAGAUAAUUUCCUUUAGAAUUUCUAGCCAAAUGUAAAAUGUUCCUGUUUUGAUUAAUUUAAUAGAGUGAGUUAGGUCUGCUCUAUACCAAAUUAGCAUACCCCCUGAGUCCCUUCCCUGUUUCACACCUGGUAGUUUUAUGGGACUACCAGCUCUCUGUAACCUAGAGGGCAACCAGUGGGUCCAUCUCCUCUAUACCAUGUUUCUUGUAGGAUGACAAUGUCUAUAUUUCUGAUUUCUUUGGUGAAGUCCAGGUUCCUGCUCUUUAGGCCAAAGGCAGAUGACCUCAGGCCUUGGAUAUUCCAAGAUGAGAUGGUGAAGUCUUUGUGUUCCAUAAAGUGUCCAAUGUUGUUAGUGAUGUGGUUUGGCCUCAGACCAGUAAGUGUGAGCAGAGCCUGCUGAGCAUCUGGUACAUGCUAUUGGCUUGAGCUAGUGUAAGGGGGGGGGGGGGGGGGGGAUCCUGCAGGUCAGGGAUCCUGCAGGUCUGGGAGAGUGUCUCGCUGGUGUGGGCGGGGUGUCUGUUGAUUUGAUGCUCCUGUGUGAGGUGUUGGGGCUGCGGUUGAGGGCGAUGUCCUUUAGGGUCCUGGCGAAGGUGGGCACUGCUGCCUUGUAUAGGUGGACCAGGUCGUAAAGGCUGUUCAAGUGCAGGGUGGAGUGGUGUGCCAGGUAAACAUUUGGUUUUGAGGCACAGUCACAGGAAAUACUUACAUUUACAUUUACAUUUUAGUCAUUUAGCAGACGCUCUUAUCCAGAGCGACUUACAGUUAGUGAGUGCAUAAUUUUAUUUUUUCAUACUGGUCCCCCGUGCACAUAUUCAAGUUAUUCAAGUUAAGUUAUUCAAGUCUUAUGAACAUAGAAACUUGGUUGCAGUUUCUAUGAUAAUUUGGUAAAAUCUUUAAUAAAUCUUUAAUACUGGCAUUUACCCGCUGUAUGGUAGUAGGGUGAAAGUAUUUUUGUGGUAGCAGGGUGGAGAUAACCACUUGUGAGUUGGGGACAGUAGAAUGUCACAUACCUGGCGCCGACGAAGAUGGCGGCCUCGCGACUAGCUCUUAAGAAACUUUGCGGUAUUUUUUUUAAUAUAUAUUAUUUUUUACAUUAUUAGCUCAGAAAGUGUUUUGUAUCAUUACAUACAGCCGGGGAAAACUAUUGGAUAUCAGAGCGGCGGUAGCUCACCAGCAUUACGACCAGGAAUAAGACUUUCCCGAAGCAGAUCCUUUGUUUGCUCUCCCCAGGGCAACUGAACUGAUUCCAGUGGCUGACCCAAAACAUCGCCGGCGGAGGAGAGGCACUUGGAGCGGCCUGCUGGUUCGACUUAGGAGGCGUGCACACCACCCACCGCUUCCAAGUAUACUACUCGCUAAUGUUCAGUCUCUGGUUAACAAGGUCGACGAGCUCCGGGCAAGGAUUUCUUUCCAGAGAGACAUCAAGGCCUGUAACAUACUUUGUUUCACGGAAACAUGGCUCUCUUGGGAUAUUCUGUCGAAAUCGGUCCAGCCAGAUGGGUUCUCAGUUCAUCGCGCAGACAGGAAUAAAUAUCUCUCCGGGAAGCAGAAGGGCGGAGGUGUGUGUUUCAUGAAUAACGACUCAUGGUGUAAUUGUAGUAACAUACAGGAACUCAAGUCCUUUUGUUCACCCGACCUAGAAUACCUCAUAAUCAAAUGCAGACCAUAUUAUCUCCCAAGAUAAUUUUAUUCGGUUAUAGUCACGGCCGUGUAUAUCCCCCCUCAAGCCGAUACCACGACGGCCCUCAAAAAACUUCACUGGACUUUAUGAAAACUGGAAACCACAUAUUCUGAGGCGGCAUUUAUUGUAGCCGGGAUUUUAACAAAGCAAAUUUGAGGACUAAGCUGCCGAAGUUCUAUCAACAUAUCGACUGUUGUACUCGCGCUGCUAAAAUCCUCGACCAUUGCUAUUUGAACUUCCGGGAUGGUUAUAAGGCCCUCCCCUGCCCUCCUUUCAGCAAAUCUGACCACGACUCCAUUUUGCUCCUCCCUUCCUAUAGGCAGAAAUUAAAACAGGAAGUGCCCAUGGUAAGGACUAUUCAACACUGGUCUGACCAAUCGGAAUCCACGCUUCAAGAUUGUUUUGAUAACGCGGACUAGGAUAUGUUCCGGGUAGCUUGCGAAAAUAAUUUUGACGAAUACACUGAAACGGUGACUGAGUUUAUCAGGAAGUGUAUAGGUGAUGUUGUGCCCACUGUGACUAUUAAAACCUACCCUAACCAGAAACCGUGGAUAGAUGGCAGCAUUCGCGCAAAACUGAAAACGCGAACCACCGCAUUUAACCAUGGAAAGGUGACUGGGAAUAUGGCAGAAUACAAACAGUGUAGCUACUCACUCCACAAGGCAAUUAAACUGGCAAAACAUCAGUAUAGAGACAAAGUGGAGUCGCAAUUCAACGGCUCAGACAUGAGACAUAUGUGGCAGGGUCUACAGACAAUCACGGACUACAAAAGGAAAACCAGCCACGUCGCCGACACUGUCUCGCUUCCAGACAAGCUAAACACCUUCUUCGCCCGCUUUGAGGAUAACACAGUGCCACCGACGAGGCCCACUACCAAGGACUGUGGCCUCUCCUUCUCCAUGGCUGACGUGAGUAAGACAUUUAAGCAUGUUAACCCCAGACGGCAUCCCUAGCCGCAUCCUCAGAGCAUGCGCAGACCAGCUGGUUGGUGUGUUUACGGACAUAUUCAAUCUCUCCCUUUCCCAGUCUGCUGUUCCCACAUGCUUCAAGAUGGCCACCAUUGUUCCUAUACCCAAGAAAGCAAAGGUAACUGAACUAAAUGACUAUCGCCUCGUAGCACUCACCUCUGUCAUCAUGAAGUGCUUUGAGAGACUAGUCAAGGAUCAUAUCACCUCUACCUUACCUAUCACCCUAGACCCACUUCAAUUUUCUUACCACCCCAAUAGGUCCACAGACGAUGCAAUCGCCAUCACACUGCACACUGCACACUGCCCUAUCCCAUCUGGACAAGAGGAAUACCUAUGUAAGAAUGCAGUUCAUUGACUAUAGCUCAGCAUUCAACACCAUAGUACCCUCCAAGCUCAUCAUUAAGCUCGAGGCCCUGGGUCUGAACCCCGCCCUGUGCAACUGAGUCCUGGACUUCCUGACGGGCCGCCCCCAGGUGGUGAAGGUAGGAAACAACAUCUCCACUUCGCUGAUCCUCAACACUGGGGCCCCACAAGGGUGCGUGCUCAGCCCCCCCCCCUGUACUCCCUGUUCACCCAUGACUGCGUGGCCAAUCACGCCUCCAACUCAAUCAUCAAGUUUGCAGACGACACAACAGUAGUAGGCUUGAUUACCAACAAUGACGAGACCACCUACAGGGAGGAGGUGAGGGCUCUGGGAGUGUGGUGCCAGGAAAAUAACCUCUCACUCAACGUCAACAAAACAAAGGAGAUGAUCGUGGACUUCAGGAAACAGCAGAGGGUGCACCCCCCUAUCCACAUCGACGGGACCGCAGUGGAGAAGAUGGAAAGCUUCAAGUUCCUUGGCGUACACAUCACCGACAAACUUAAAUGGUCCACCCACGCAGACAGUGUGGUGAAGAAGGCGCACAGAGCCUCUUCAACCUCAGGAGGCUGAAGAAAUUUGGCUUGGCACCUAAAACCCUCACAAACUUUGACUGAUGCACAAUUGAAAGCAACCUGUCGGGCUGUAUCACCGCCUGGUACGGCAACUGCACCGCCCGCAACUGCAGGGCUCUCCAGAGGGUGGUGCGGUCUGCCGAACGGAUUACCGGGAGCAAACUACCCGCCCUCCAAGACACCUACAGCACCCGAUGUUACAGGAAGGCCAAAAAGAUAAUCAUGGACAUCAACCACCCGAGCCACUGCCUGUUCACCCCGCUAUCAUCCAGAAGGCGAGGUCAGUACUGGUGCAUCAAAGCUGGGACAGAGAGAAUGAAAAACAGCUUCUAUCUCAAGGCCAUCAGACUGUUAAAUAGCCAUCACUAGCACAUUAGAGGCUGCUGUUGCCUAUUGAAAUCACUGGCCACUUUAAGAAAUGGAACACUAGUCACUUUAAUAAUGUUUACAUAUCUUGCACUACUCAUCUCAUAUGUGUAUAUACUGUAUUCUAUUCUAUAAUAUUAUACUGUAUCUUAGUCCAUGCUGAUCUGUCAUUGCUUGUCCAUUCCUUACUAGAUUUGUGUGUAUUGGGUAUAUGUUGUGAAAUUGUUAGAUAUUACUUGUUAGAUAUUACUGCACUGUUGGAGCUAAGCACAAGCAUUUCGCUACACCCGCAAUAACAUCUGCUAAACACGUGUAUGUGACAAAUACAAUUUGAUUUGAUUAGAAUAAGCUUUUUCAAUCACUCCCUUGAGUGCUGUGGCCACCCUUUCCUGCUGUGCUCUCAGGUCGUUUGUGUCUGUGUGUAUUAUUAUGUGGCAGGGUGACCCUAGUUGGUCCUCAGACAGAAGGUCUAGGGCACACUGAGUGUUUGGACACCAGAGUUUAGAGACUGUGUGUUUGGGAAAAAGUUUAUUUUAUUGUAUAUAUUUCCUGUUUGAGUCCAUAAGGAGUACAAUCUGUGGCUUGUGGGUAUGGGGGGGGGGGGUUGUCAGGAGGGCUAUCAGGGGGGCUGACAAGAGGGGGUGCUCAGAGGGGGUGGGAUGCCCUGGGCUUGGGGUUCUUCAUUUAUCUGUCCUGCUGUGAUGUCGAGGCUAUGGUCAGGGUCUAGGGUGGACUGUUCUGCUGUGAUGUCGAGGCUAUGGUCAGGGUCUAGGGUGGACUGUUCUGCUGUGGUGUCGAGGCUAUGGUCAGGGUCUAGGGUGGGACUGUUCUGCUGUGGUGUCGAGAUUUUGGUCAGGAUCUGAGGUGGGCUGUUCUGCUGGCUUCUCUGCAGGGGUGGCCAGCUCUCUAAUGGGUUGUUCUCUCUCACACGUCAUCUUUCUCCCCUUCUCCUCCAGCACUCUCACCUUCUCCUCUAGUGCGCUGUUCUUCUCCUGCCCCGGGCCUUCUUCUUCCGCUCCUGCUCUUUCUCCUGUUGAAGUUGUCUCACCACAGUCCAGAGUUGAGACAUGUCUCUCUCCCCCUCCAGCUCUCCGGGUGUUAUGUAUUUUCAUAGUGUUGUGGGAACAAGGUUAAAUCUAUUAGAAAGGUGACUCUUGGUGCCACAGAGUCUGGAUGCCAAGGAUUCCAGUAUGUCGAGGGAGCUUACUGGGGUUUAUCUUAGAAUGAUUGAUAGAUAGAAUAUACUGACUUGGGUACAAGCAGAUACCAUCAGAGUGGGGAGUGCCAACUGAUGGUUACCGGAUGUUGUGGAAGCAAAAUGUAACAUGGACUAUAAGAAGAGAGAUAUUUUAUUUGUCCAGUGUUCGGAUGACAAGAGGCAAAGCACGUGCCGUUUGUUAAACGAACCCUGUACCGUAAUCAAAUAAAUACUUUGUAUCAACUCUCCAUCUGUGUCCCAUAUUCUCUUACAUCUUGAAGUACUCGAUACCAGAGAAACUCAUCAUAACACUGGGUCAGGAUGAGGGGGUGUUGUUGUGCUGGACUGUUGUCUGGGUCUGUGCUGACUGAAAUGUGUUCACCUGCUGUUCCAGCUCCACCUGCAUUACCUCCAGCUGGGUGAAUUGAUCCUUCAUUUCAGUGAGGGUGUAGUGCUCUGUGCUGGGAGGUUGACUUUCCGCUUGGGGUUGGUCGUCUAUGGGGUUGUUUAAUGAAGAGGUCUGGUCUGACUCCCUCGGGGUGGGGGAGUCUUUCUCAAGAGAGAGCUUCUCCUGCUGCUGUUUGGGGUUGCCCUGUACCAAUACUGUUCCAGACUUGUACAGGUUGACAUUGGCUGACUCAGAGUCCUCGUUGCCUAGUGUCCUGAGUUUCCACCCAUCGCUAACACUCCCCCUCUUGACAGAGGGGUAGUGUGUUAAUAUAGCACUGCGUCAUGCCAGGGGAUGGUCUGUGUGGAAUAUUAAGUUGCUUAUGUUCCCAUUUCUGUACCAGUCAGCAAAAAGUGUCUCUGGAUUGUCCAUGAGGAGCUUAUUUUUGUACUCUUUCCGUGCCUUCUCAUUUUUUACAUCCAAGUAAUGACCUCUGCACAGAGGGAGGCCAUUGAGCAGGGGUCUUCAAAGACCUCUGCAUUUGGGCGGGGGAGGCUGUGAAACUCUCCUGCCAUUGUUGGGCUCAAGGUCUUUGACACCUCUCACUUCACACCUCAGUGCUAAUUGAAGUUGCAGCCGGAUCUGUUCUGUCCUAGCAAGCUUGGUAGCCUUAACUUAGCAUUCAGUCCUUAUAAAGUAAAAUAGUGUAAUAUAUUUUUCUUCUUGGCUUUAAAAGUAGCUUCAGACUAAACAUUACUCACUCAGUUCCAGGUUGGAUAGUAUUUUCAGGUUUCUGUUGUGCUUUGUUUGCUAGUUGUUAGUUUGCCAGAGGAUUUGUUGUAUAGUCCUUGGGAAUAAGAAUCUUUGGUAGUAGGAAUCCUUCCAGGUAAUUUUGUCCAAAAUCAGGUUGUCUCUCUCCUCCAGUUGUUUGUUAAGGGAGUUGUGAAUCAGGAGGCCCAGCAGGAGGUUCCGUAUCCAGCAGUCCUUCACUGUGUGUUCUGUGGAUCCCGGGGGCUGUUCAUGGACUGCCUGAUCAGAAACACCUCUGCUCAGAUAAUGGUAAGCAUACACACACGUUCGCUCCCAGGCGCAUACACGAAUGCAGGCAUACAGACAAGUGUAUUCACACACACACACGAUCAAAUGGAUGGAUGGCUGAUGAAAGAAGGAAAUGCACAUUAGAGGAGAGGAAGGAGGUUGUGGGUUUGAGUCUCUUUAGUCCUAGAGAGAUAAGACUAAAGUUGAUCUUCUCCCUUUUUUCACAUUUUCCUUCCUCCAGGUGGGUUCCCCAGGCUUCCUGCUCAUCUCAGGUCUGGCAGAACCAGUGGUCAGGGCCUACUCCCUGAUCACAGACCUGGUGGAGCGCUACGAGAGCACCCAGGGACGACUCAGCGAGCCUGGGGACAGGGCAGCAGGCGAGACCCUGGAUUCCCGUCUGGCCUUCAAGUCCCUGGUGGAGAGAUGGGAGGACAGGCACACUCUGGACCUGCUAGUGCUACCGGGAGCAGUGAAGGAGACUUUACUGGAUCUGGUGAGGGAACAUGGGCUGGGAUCUAAUCCUGGUCCCGGGGGCUUGAAUCCCGGUCCAGUGCUGGGCUCAAACCCCAUUCCAGGGCUGGGCUUGAACCUUGGUCUUGGGGGGUCUAGAGACAAAGUGGGUCUAAUGGACACUGAUACCCAGAGACUAUGGGACAGCAAGUUCGACUUAGAGGCACUAACACUUAUGGAUACCAGAAUAGGGAUCAGAGCUGGAGAGGCAAGGGCCAUACAGGAAAUACAGGGGAUUUCAACGACCAAACCUUCUGAACAUUCCCACCACAACCAAGACCCUGGUCUACAGAAUAUGGGACAGUUUUCUCAACAGACGUUCACUACCCCACCUGUAAAAGAUAGAGAGGGAAGCAGGUAUGGGACACGAGGAGGAAUUGGGAACGAAGCAGCACCCCGAGAUUCCAUCUUCCACUCUUUCCCCCAAAACGAGGACAUUCGUGGUCGAGCCGAGGGGUCGGAGGGGGCAGAAGCGGUACUAGGGCAUUCCCCACAGGAGGUAAAGGAGGCGGGACACCCUGAAGAAGAGGAGGAGCUAGAGACAGAGGAGGGAGAAGGGAAGAUUUUGUUGUCAGUAGGGAAGGAGUUUGGCCUGCUUCUGAUGUUCUUCACGGCUAUGGGCUAUGCAGAAGACGUGGUACUGAGGGUCUUAGCCCAGACCAGACUCAGAGAAGCUUCCCAGAUCCUGGAUCUGGUGCAGCAAGAGCAGGACCGGACCGGACUGGCCAUGAACCGCCCUGUGGAGCUAGAGCACAGAGAGGUGGAGGAGAGGGGAAGAGAGGGGGAGGAGAGCGGAGGUAGAGAAGUGAGAGGAAAGAGAACCGUUAUAGAUAAAAGAGUGGAGGUGGAGACGGAGAUGGAGGGAGGCGUGGGAGAAGGGGUGAGGGCUAGAGAAGAGCAAAGAGAGGAGGAGGGAAGAGGGAGGGAGAGUGGAGGAUUGUCUGCUGAUUUGUCCAAGGAUUCAACAAAGGUAGACAGGGAGAGAAGUGAGGGGGGCAAGGAGAGCGGUGAAGGGGACAGUAAGGGAGGAGAGGUGGGGAACGAGGAGGAUUUUGUCCUGGGGGUGCUGAUGAAGGCUGCGGCCAACUGUGGGUACACAGAGGAGAAGGUAAUAAAAGUAUACAGUAUGUUACCUGAACUGUCCACACGUCAGCUACUCCUGGAGCUACAGAGAGAGGGCGCCAGAGAGACAGAAGCUAAUUCCCAGGACAGGGUAAGUGACGAACCAAGAGUGGUGGAUGAGGUUGUCUCAGAUGUACGGAAAAAGAAGGGCAGAAAAGAAGAAACAGAGAAGGAGAGAGGUAAAGAGAGGGAGGCACCGGCACAACCAUUCACGGCUACUGAAAACAGAGGAGUAGAAAGGAAGAGUGCCAAAGGAAUGAGUGAAAGGAAGACAGAUGAGGUAGGAGAAGUGAAAGUGCCAAACCAAACCGUUGAUGGUCCAGUUAGGGUUGAACCGGAUCUGGCUCAGUGGAACGCUGUGAUGAACAAGGUUCCGUUCCCGACCCAUGGUCACCAGAAGAACCCCACACAGACACGACCGCAACCCGCCCAGACACACACCCCCCAUCGAGCCAGCCCCCCUUUAGUCAGAGGGCCUCCCCAGCCCACCUACCCCACCACACUACCUCCACAACCCACCAACCUUCCCUUAUUUCACAAUCAACUAGCCUCCGCCCUCACCGUGAAUAACUCCUCAGCAACCAGAGUGAAGGAGAAACAGGGUUUCUUUACCCUAGCUGCAGAGGUUCCAGCAAGAAAGGGUCUCCCUGCCCUAAGAGAAGCGGCUGUUAAGGGAUGGGGUCUCCCGACCAUGGCAGCAGGGUCUUUAGUGACGGGGCAGCAGCGCUUCCUGGAAGGACUACAGACGCCCUUUGACCUCAAGCUGACUGACCAACCAGGAGACCCAGGUCUCAGGAUGGUGGUCAUCGACGGGAGCAAUGUUGCCAUGAGGUGAGAACGAGGGAAGAGAGAAUGAGAACGAGAGAAGUGAGAAGACGAAAGGAUUACUAAUAAGAUGGAAAAUGUAGAAGGGCAGGCAAAAUGUUGAGGUUAUUCAUUCAUUUAGUUAUUUAGUAAACGCUUUCACUGAAAGCAGUGACAUACCUGUGUGGCCCCUACAUUACAUGAAUCCACAACUGUUUUAGUUGUAAUGCUAUGCUCCAACUAACAGAGCUAUUGUUUACAUUAUUCAAAUAACAAGUAUUCUAUACAGCAGUAUUUAAUAUGUUUUUAUCUCGCUCCUUCUCUGUAGUCAUGGUCUGGGUAAUUUCUUCUCGUGUCGAGGAAUCGCCCUGGCCGUGCAACACUUCUGGAACCGCGGCCAUCGCAGAAUCAGCACCUUCCUGCCCCAGUGGAGGCAGAAGAGAGAUCCCCGGGUCAAAGGUAACACUUCCUGUCCGUCUGGAAACCCAGACUUUACAUCCAUCCAGCUCUUUCAUUUCACCAGUUUUGUCAAGUCACUUCAGGAAGUUAAGUUUUUUCUAUGGAUUUGUUAUUAAUGUAUUUGUCCAUUAAUUAAUUCACUUCCUGAAUUGACCCCAAGCCUGUAUAGUAUUAUCCCUAAGGAAUUUAUUCAUUGUGGUAAAUCAAAUCAAAUCAAAUGUUAUUUGCCACAUGCGCCGAAUACAACAGGUCUAGACAUUACAGUGAAAUGUGUGUGACUGUGUGUACCGUGUUGUAAAGGAGCGGAUUUUGGUCUGUGUUGUUUUCAGAGCAGCACUACCUAACUGAGCUCCAGAACCUGGGUCUGCUCUCCUACACCCCCUCCAGAGAGGUCCAGGGGAAGAGAAUAAACUCAUACGAUGACAGGUUGGACCCUCGCAUCUGUCAUACUAUAGAUCUGCUUGUAAACAGCUUAAAAUCUUUAUAUUAAUAGCUGCUUAUAAACUGCUUAUAAACUGCUUAUUAAUGGCUUCUAAAUUUACAUGAAAAGUAUUUUUAUGAACUCCCUUUAAACUGCUUAUAAACAGCUUUGUUACAGUUUAAGUUAUAUAUGUACAGUAUAAGGCUUGUUCAUGCUUAAUAGGGAAUAUUCUAUAAAUGGAUGAAGUGACGUCCCUAUUGCACUCCUCCCUCGUCCUUGUUCUCUGCAGGUUCAUGCUGCAGCUGGCCCAGAAGACGGAUGGUGUGAUCGUGACAAAUGACAACCUUAGAGACCUGCUGGAUGAGUCCCAUGUAUGGAGAGACAUCAUCAAGAAAAGGUAGAGAAAGAGAAAGAAAGGAAUGGAGGAGAGGAAACAGAUUUUUCUGUCAAUAAGUUGACUGUAUGUUAGCAAUUGUCUAAUGAAAUCAGAAACAUUUUUAUAAAUAGAUUUAGGAUAGAUUUGUGCAUUGCACAGGACAGCAACAAUACAAUUUUAAUUCCCCUUUAGUGGAUUUGACCACUAAAGUCAACCUUGAGUAUGAACCAACACCCCUUUGAUUUCAAAGCGAUAUAUUGGGCUCUAUCUCUAUAACAACAGACCCCAUUUACAUCAUGUAUUAAAAAUGCAAACUGUAUGCGCAUUUGUAUUCGCAUAACAAGAAAUGCAUCUUAAUGCUACAUCGUGAUUGGAAUGUAAGCAGAUUUGCUCAGUGUAAAUGCAAUUAGUCCAACCUGACCACAUUCAGUGGGCAACAUCAUCAGUGCUCCGUCUAAAAUACAGUGUUAUUCAAACUCCACCUCAGUGUUCCACCUAUUGAAUGUAAAAAGAAAAAGAGCAAGGACAGAACGGACAAUUGCAAAAAAAUUAAAAUGUGGUGUCAGCAUUUAACCCCCUGCUUUACUCAAAUGUAUCAACGGCGGAUCAUUAUUUAGGACAGGUGGCAUAUCAUUUUUGUUUAAAGUUUUCAAUUUCGUCUUCAUCGUCACUAUCGCACUAUAACCGUCUCUCUCUCCCCUUCAGACUUUCCCCAUCAAGUUUCAUACAUUGUGUCUUUGCAUUAAGCUAUAGGCAAAUGUAUUUCUGAUGUUUUGCUAUAGGUAGGUAUUUUUGAAACAGUAGGCGUAGGCCUACAAAUAGACUAGGCCUACUCAGUGGCAAUUUUAGCAUGGCAAUCUUGGUGGGGCAAACUCCCCCAAAUUUUUUUUUUAAUGCAUGCCAGCAAAGCAACUACACUACACAACACUAACAAUACAUUAAUUGCACUAUAGUGGUGACAAACGGUGCCCACAAACUGUUAGGGCCUACAUAAAGCUGUCCCAACAGCAGAGCUUUCUUUUCAGCACCAUGGAGUGAAUCCUUACCACCACUACACCUGGCUAUCAGCGGAGCCUUGUCUGGCAGCAAAACAGUUAAUUCAGCCUCCUUUACUGCCUUUAAAAAAAUCAUAGCUGAUAUGUAUGACUUCCUUAGACAAAUGUGGUUUCUACUGACAAUUGAGGUGUACAAACUAUGGCAUAAGGGAACGAUGAGCAGAUAAGAGGCAAUCCGUAAUUUCAAUGAAGACAUUAAUGAGCGAGCUAAGACGGACGUAUUCAAUAUAAAUAUUUGUUCAGCAGUUUUGAAAUGUACAGCGACAGAAUUCAGAACAUGGGCCGUUCUUACAGUGUUCUCCCUGUACACCAAGUCAGAACCAUGGGAUAAAUAAAUGGGGCAUAUAAGCAGACAAUGAAAGCUCUUACAAUAUUUGAUGAUUACAUUUCUCUAAAACAGGCUAUAGGCUACAUGACAUCAAGUCAGAACAGUAGGCUAAAUUAUGAGGGGGAAAGGGACCAAAUUAUUAGGGUGAGGCACAUGGGCUAAUAACAGCUUACUACACAACAUACACUUAGUAUUACUUUCUUAGCUACAGUAUACAUAUCUCCCUGGCAUAUUACAUAAUUUAUGCAGCAGCAUACAAGCGAUUUUUGGACUUUGUUGUGCUGUGCUCACUUCAACAGGAAGGUGGCGCGGCAGUCCUACUUGUGGGCAAAUUUUGUCAUCAAACUUUGUCUUCAGUCUGGCAUUCUCUGGAUUUAUGGUGCUUUCAAGACAACUGGGAACUCUGAAAAAAACACGGUCGAAUCAUGACGUCAGUGAUCUUCAGGUUGGAGCUCUAGAAAGAGGCCCGAAUUCCCGACUUGGAAUUCCGAAUUGGAUGACCACUCAAAGCGGAUUUUCCCAGUCGGAACCCGUUCUUUUCAGAGUUCCCAGUUGUCUUGAACUCACUGAAGUCUAGAUUUCCCAAUUACGAGUUUCCAGUUGUUUUAAAUGCGGCAGAAGUCAUGCUGGAUUGACAGCAUGGCCAACGUAUCCAACCUUUUCUGGCCCAUGGUGUUGCAUGUGAAUGUUUAUCCUUUUAAGCUCGUAAAAUAGACUAUUAAACCCAGACUUGGACCAAACACCCUCUCCACUGAAUAGCAGGCUAGUGGUUGCUUUGCAACACUUGCAGUUAGCCACCGAUUCCUUCCAAACCACUCAUUGUUGAUUUUGCGAUUUCCAACUUGUUGUGUAAUGUUUAUGUCCAAUGGCCGAUGAGCACCAAUACGUUUUAUCUAUAAUUUCUCUUCAUAUGACAAGGAUUGAAAAGGAUUUGCCAGUAGAUUGUCGACUUGAUUCAUGAUGAUGUCUGCAUGUCUAGCUUGCUAGCUAAGAUUUUGAAAGUAUAAUGUUGACAUGAUCAGUCCAAUCAAAGCUACGGUAGAUAUAACAUGAUUUGACGUCAUUUUAUCUGUGGCCAAUGACCUUGAGCCUUCUUGGAUGGGCACUUCUAAUGUAAAUCUAUGGGCAGCACCCAAGGGGCUUGAAUUUUCAAGCUCUCUCUGUAGAUUGUGCGGUGAUGUAGUGUCCCCAUGAGUGACAGAACCCUUAGCCAAUCACGGCACAACUAGAGAACAUUACUAACCCCUACGCUCUGUAUUUUCCGUUGGCUGACCCACCACCACAGAAAGCACUGAGCUAGGCUGAAACACCUGCAUCCAGCCUGCACUUCCAGACCCUGACAAACCUCAGAUAUUGAUUAGGCCUAGGUUUUUAGGGACAAUGCAAUUAUCCUACCUAUUCUACCUACAACAACACAAAGCAAUCAAUAUUAAAAUCUUCAACUUAUGUUGUGAUAAUUGCGUUGUUUGCUCUAUAACCUGUUCCAAUGAGCACAUUCACACUCAUCACAAUAUGCAAUAAACCUGUGCAGAAUAAAUGGCCACAGUUUAGUCCAGAAUAGGUCAAUAGUUAUUGCAAUAUAUCAGCAAAUAUCGGCACGUUCAUUCCGAAAUGAAAGUGCCGAUGGCGCAGUGGUCUAAGGCACUGCAUCACAGUGCUAACUGUGCCACUAGAGAUCCUGGUUCGAAUCCAGGCUCUGUCGCAGCCGGCCGCGACCGGGAGACUCAUGGGCGGCGCACAAUUGGCCCAGCGUCGUCCAGGGUAGGGGAGGGAAUGGCCGGCAGGGAUGUAGCUCAGUUGAUAGAGCAUGGCGUUUGCAAUGCCAGGGUUGUGGGUUCGAUUCCCACGGGGGGCCAGUAUAAAAAAAUAUGUAUUCACUAACUGUAAGUCGCUCUGGAUAAGAGCGUCUGCUAAAUGACUAAAAUGUAAAUGUUAAGAUGACGGUCAAAGGGAGGAUUGAAAAUGGAAAGCAGUUAACGUGAAAAAGUUGAAUAGCACUCCAUUGAUAUGAUGACGUAAUGUAGCCUACACUUAAUUUUUAUACAAACCUUGAUCCAAUUGUUAGCAAUGCUCUCUGUGAAACCCUACCUUUUGAGUAUAGCCUAUCUUACAGAAUAUAGGAACACCAGAAAAAUGUGUAGAUACAGUGCUAAACUUGAAAAACGUGUGGUUCUCACGGUGAAGUGAAAUGAUACUAUUUAUCGACUUGCUCACCAGUGUGCUCUGAAGAAGAAACAGCGAAACAAUGUAGCCUAACAACAUUGCUCACAAACAGCACAGAUUUGAUUUUAUGAUAGAAGCGCUGGUCCUCUUAAAUUGUAAUUCCAGGUUGCACAUCAAAUUAUUUAAGGGCAUAUUCAAUGGUCUGCUGUGGCCAUACAGUCAUGUCAAGCAUAGGGUUGUCUUGGAAGAUGGAAAUAGGAAUAUAAUAUACCUGUGAAAAAACAUUGAAAUACCACCCCAAUACAAUGAUGUAGGCCAGUGGUCACCAACCAGUCGAUCGCAUUCCAAGUCAAGGCAUUCCUAGUCGAUCGCCAAACAUUUCUGUAAAAAAAGAACAACGAUAAAGCCGUAUUUUUUUUUAUCGUCUCGCGCUGUUGGCAGUGGGUGCACCCGAUUCAGCUGCCCUGUGCGCUGGGUGGCCAAGUGUUCCCAUUUUGAACCAUUUCAUGUGUCUGAAGUAGAAACUCUGCUUCCCGGCGGGCCCGGAGAGCAAAUCAAGUACACUAUCCGCUGGCCAAUUGGAAGGCUCAGAUUACUGUGUCUGCAGUAACGUAGCAGGUGUAAAAAAAUAUAUACAGCUAAAUUGAAACUGAGAUUUCUAAACGUUUAAAACCAUUAAUACAGCAAAGACCUUCUUUUUUAUAUGAGUGAGUUCAUGUUUAUAUUUUUACUCAGUCAGUUCUGUCAACACUUUUUAUUCAACUUUCAUAAGCCACAAAAUGUGUGUUCUACUCGCGCUACAACCAGAACUGCAGCACUAAUGAAUGAGUAGGAAAGUGUAUCUAUAGGCUUGCGUUGUUGUUAUUAUUAGUGGCUUGGGCCUUUUUUAAUAUCGAGGAAUAUUUAACUUUCUCUGUUCAUAGGAGUAACAACAUGAAUUUGUGCAUUAGGCAGAAAUAAUGCGGUGCAACUCGAGUUUCGCCAUCAGCUGGAAGACGGUGUCCCUUUUUGGUCAGUGGCAGUCGAGGAAAGGGAGAGCGGAGGGAUGUUGAGAGGCGGACCCUCAGUCUGCUGCUCUCUCCCUCCGCUGAGACUGACCAUCAGAUGCAGGCCCAGUAAAAUAGCCCAGUAAAAUAAAAAUAAAAAGCAAAUUAUUUAAAUGUAUGCUCACUCAGCUGUGCCUCACAAGUAAUACAACAACUGAUCUAUUACCGGUGUGAUCAUAUGGCCUACCUAAUAUAUUUUUAAAUGGCCCGAACAGCAAUGCAUUGGCAGGGCAAUUGAAUUAAAGCCAAUAUGAGGUGAUAAUGUAUUGGGCUUAUAGCCUACUGCACAAACCUCAUUGCUGUUUUUAAUAGGUUCAUGUUGCAUAGGCUUACGUUUUUUAAGUAAUGUAAAAAAUCUGAGCGGUAGAUCUCGGCUUGCAUUUUGAUUUAGAAAGUGAUCUUGACUCAUAAAACGUUGGUUACCACUGAUGUAGGCCUAUAGGCUAUACACUGUAUAUAACUGAAUUGUGACCACAAACUAUCUGCAUAAAUUGGAGGGAAAAGUUAGAUCCGAACACAAUGGAGACACAAUGGGGCCAGAGUGCACAUAUUUUAUUAACAAGGUGUAAUUGCAAGUAAAUGCAAGGCCCGUGUUCAGCAUGUCAUCCUAAUACAAGCUGUAAAUUAGGUCUCAGUGUCAUACUGAUUGUGUAUUACCCAGACUCCUCCAGUACACGUUUGUAGGUGAUCACUUCAUGGUGCCUGAUGACCCGCUGGGCCGAGAAGGACCCCAUCUAGAUGACUUCCUACGCUCACUGCACAGGUAACACACACACACUUCCUCUUACUCUCUGUCUAGAUUUAUCCCACAUAAACAAAUACACAUUCCUCAUACUCUCUCUCUCCCUCCCUCCCCCAUCUCUCUCUCUCUCUCUCUCUCUCUCUCUCUCUCUCUCUCUCUCUCUCUCUCUCUCUCUCUCUCUCCUCUCUCUCCUCUCUCUCUCUCUCUCUCUCUCAGGACUCCUGACCCAGGCAGUCACACGUUUGCGGGUAUUGCCUCCUCCCCCUUCCCCCGAGCUCCCAGGGCCCAGACAGAGGUCCUGAUGUUCCGGGACAGAACACCAGGUGUCGCUGUGGAGCCAUAUUCCAGCCAGGCCCGGGGCAGAGGGAAAAGGAAGGGGCAGGCUAAGGCUGGACACGGUAGCCCCGGAAUGGACCUUGUUCCGGGGAUGGGCCUUGGCCUGGAUGUGGAGAGGAGCGCAGCAGAGACCUCCAGGCUUAGGGAGAGCCUAUCCCAGGUGUUCCCAGGACAGGAUAGCAUUGUUACUCUGGUGCUGCAGUGUAACCCUACAGUGACUGACAUCAAUUCACUGUCACACAUUAUGCUGCAGCAACAGAUGGAGAUUGAGCGGGGGGUGUAG